UUUCAGGUCCUUUUUGAGUUUUUUCCAGUUCCUCUACUUACAAAUGUUUUUUCCUCCAGUCCCUAUAUUUACAAUUUUUUUUUCCUCCAGUCACACAAAAUGACUGGAAAAAACUCAAAAAGGACCUGAAAAAUAAAAAUAGAUAAGUAGAGGGAUCAAAUAAUACGAAAAUGAAGUAUAAGGAUCUAUGGAAAAAAAAGUGUAAUGUACAGGGGCCUCUAGAUAGGUUUGGCCUUAUAAUUACUUCAAUACAAUUAUUGAUCAUCUAAAUGAAACUCAGGAACAUUAUUUUAUAAAUUUUAUACAAUAAAAUUUAAAAAUAUUUUAUUUAAACAUUUUGUAUUUUUAAUUCAAAUAAUUUAUAUUUAUUAAAAUGAAAAAAUCUAUACUAACUCGGUUAAACCUGCCGAACCAUAAAACCCCCACGAAACCAGUCCGAUCUCCCAUCCGGUUUUUAAAAUAUAAAAUCAACGGAUCAUAGUAAAAGAUCCAUAGUGAGGUAAAGUAGGGCUUAGCGUAGGAAAUGAUAACUAAAAAAACACAGUAUAACUAACCAAACCAUCUCUAACAAACUCGCUCUCCAUUUCUUUCUCUCUCAAGAAAGACUCUCUCUUUCUCUCAGAGAAAUAUCUUUUCUCUUUCUCUCUCUACUUUCCAAGAAAAUUUCGUACAAGUUUCCGAGAAAAUGAAGAGAACCCAGUUCGUGUUCUUGUACUACAAUUACAAUGUUGCUGCAUUCUUGGUGCUCAUCUUCUUCUUUGCUUCUGUUUCUGAAGCUGCUAGACCACAUCCUUCGACAGACCCGACUUACCUAAACUUUGUUGUAAAUGCGACGGACUUGGCAUCGGAGGAGUAUUAUGAUUACAUAGUUGUUGGGGGUGGCACAGCCGGCUGCCCCUUAGCUGCUACUUUGUCUCAAUCCUAUAAAGUUCUGCUUCUCGAGCGCGGUGAUGUUCCCUAUGGUAAACGUAAUUUGAUGACCCAAGAAGGCUUCUUGCCCACCCUUACUGAAGUUGAUACCUUUGAUUCCCCUGCCCAGUCCUUCACUUCCGAGGACGGUGUCCCCAACGCUAGAGGCCGCGUUCUUGGUGGCAGCAGCGCCAUCAAUGCUGGCUUCUAUAGUCGAGCGGACAGAGAUUUCUUUGAGCAGUCAGGUGUGACGUGGGAUAUGAGAGUUGUGAAUCAGUCUUAUGACUGGGUUGAGAAGGCCAUUGUGUUUAGGCCUGAGCUUAGGGACUGGCAAUCCGCUGUUAGAGAUGGUUUGUUGGAGGCUGGAGUUAGCCCUUACAAUGGCUUUAGUUUGGAUCAUGUGGUGGGUACUAAGGUGAGUGGUUCUACUUUUGAUGCUUCAGGGAGAAGACACAGUGCAGCUGAUCUUCUUGAUUAUGCCAAUGCUGCCAAUAUUAAGGUUGCUGUGCAUGCCAGUGUCGAAAGACUACUGUUGGCAUCUAAUUCGCAUUCAAGGUCUAGACUUGGUGCAGUCGGGGUGGUUUAUCGCGACGAGAGAGGAGAUUUUCACCAUGCCUUGGUGCAUGACAAUGGUGAGGUGAUUGUAUCUGCUGGUGCCAUUGGAAGUCCACAAAUGCUGUUGUUGAGUGGCAUUGGUCCCAGGCCUUACCUGUCAUCCUGGGGUAUUCCUGUGGCGUAUCAUUCGCCGUAUGUGGGGCAGCACCUGUAUGACAAUCCUCGAAAUGGUAUCUCAAUUGUGCCUUCGCUCCCACUCGAGCACUCUUUGUUACAGGUGGUUGGCAUUACUCAGAUGGGGGCUUACCUUGAAGCAGCUUCUAAUGUCGUCCCGUUUGCAUCCCCGGCUCGUUCUGUUUUUAUCAGGCCACCUUCUGCACCUCUCUAUCUCACAGUGGCUACCCUUAUGGAGAAAAUCACAGGCCCACUCUCUGCUGGCUCUCUAAGGCUUGCAUCAACAGAUGUAAGAGUGAAUCCAAUUGUUAGGUUCAAUUACUUUUCUCAUCCUUCCGAUGUGGAGAAGUGUGUGAAUGGCACCCGCAAAAUCGGAGAGGUGCUGAGGAGCAGGGCUAUGGAGGACUUUAGGUUCCAGGAAUGGUUUGGAGCUCGAAGUUUCAGAUUUGUAGGGCCUGCUUUACCAGUCGACCAAUCUGACUUCGCGCAGAUGGCUGAUUUUUGUCGCCGAACUGUCAGCACAAUAUGGCAUUACCAUGGGGGCUGUGUUGUAGGGAAAGUGGUGGAUCGUAAUCACCGGGUUCUAGGCAUUAAUUCCCUACGAGUUGUUGAUGGCUCGACAUUUACUGUAUCGCCUGGAACUAAUCCCCAAGCUACUUUGAUGAUGCUGGGCAGAUACACAGGGCUGAAGAUAAUCAGCGAGCGCACGAAGUACAGAUGAUCUUUGGAGUUGUACCACAGGUGUAGGUAGCAUACGAAGUGUAUGAUAAUCAAAUAGGAGUGUAUUGUAAUCAAAAUUCUCAUGUGCACAGUUUUUGAUUUGAAUGGUAAAUUGGGAUGUGAAUUAAA